AUGUGGCCCCCAGACCCGGACCCCGACCCCGACCAGGACCCCGAGACCGCUGGCCGCUCCCAGCCCGGCGCGGCGGUCCCCGGGCUCCGAGCCCUCCUGCCCGCGCGCGCCUUUCUCUGCUCGCUCAAAGGCCGCCUCCUGCUGGCGGAGUCGGGUCUCUCCUUCAUCACCUUUGUCUGCUAUGUGGCAUCUUCAGCAUCUGCCUUCCUCACCGCGCCGCUGCUGGAGUUCCUGCUGGCCCUCUUCUUCCUCUUUGCUGAUGCUAUGCAGUUGAAUGACAAGUGGCAGGGCUUGUGCUGGCCCAUGAUGGACUUCCUACGCUGUGUCACAGCGGCCCUCAUCUACUUUGCCAUCUCCAUCACAGCUGUCGCCAAAUACUCAGAUGGGGCUUCCAAAGCAGCUGGGGUGUUUGGCUUCUUUGCCACCAUCGUGUUUGCAGUUGACUUCUACCUGAUCUUCAAUGACGUGGCCAAAUUCCUCAAACAAGGAGGCUCUGCAGACGAGACCACAGCCAACAAGGCGGAAGAAGAGAAUUCCGACUCUGACUCCGACUGAAGGGCCGCCCUACCCUGGCAACCCGAGCCACGCGGGCCUUCACCCCUGCACUUCUGACCGGCUGGCCGGAGCGUGGCCUGGGGACCGGGUGUGUUGGGAGGGAGGCUGUGGUUUCUUGAGCAGCAGCGGGCGUUGCUGAUGGAGCGGGCCUCCUCGCAGCUUUCAGGUGACGCUUCUGCGCCCAGCACCCAGAAGGCACCCCUUGGCUUAGCGUGUCCAACCGCCCUGCACAGGAGGGCGUCAUGAAUAGCCUGCCACUCCUCUUUUCUGUUCCUUAGACGUUAAAGCCUUUAACCUCUCUGCCCAAAAUAAGCACAAAGGGACAAAGCAGAUAGAGCCUUGUUACCCCGUCACAGGACUAUUUCAUGCCAAGGGUGGGUAGGGGUAACGGGACAAUGGCCAAGUAAGAUAGAAGCCAUCCAGGGGCCAGCCACCAACAGCCCUGGCCCCAGUGACUUUUGUCUGCAUUUGGUGCCCCUGCUCAUUCCAGGCACUUUGUCAAUAAUGAUCCUUCCAAGAUUCUUUGGUUCAUGGCGCACCACUUCCCUCUUCAUUUUUUAAGCAGGGAGAAAACUGCCCUUUGCUCUUGCCUGACACCUCACACCCUUGGAAACCAUGCGUUCUUCAGGUGAUGUGACUAUUCUGGGUCUAAGACCAUUUCAAAGAAAAGCUCGUAAAGUAGCUUACAAGGUCCAAAGGAUCAAGGGUGUCAAACAAUGCAAAAGCAGUGACAGCGUCCUGGGCAGCUGGGCAGGCCCAGUCCAGGCUUCUUUCCCUGGGAACCCACCUGCAGGCGACAGGCUCUUGGGCGCUCAGGACAAUGUACUUCUAGACACCAGAGCAGGUCUCCUGACCACCUCAUGGGAGGUGAAAUGUGCCUUCUGUGUUCACCUAAGGACCUAUGCUGUGUAUAUAUCUUCAGGGGGACUUUGUAACUUUAUAUAUUUUUUUACACCAAAGCAUCUUCUUAAAUAGCAUUUCCUGUGACCCAAGAAGCCUUGUGAAAAAUGAGCCAGAGUUCUGGACCCAUUUGGGGGCAUUUGUAACUUUUGUUGUUCUCUUGCAUGUGAAUGUCCUACCCUGAAAAAAGCCAACAUGAAUUAAACCGGAG